AUGCCCGUCUGGGCCGGUGUGAAGCGGGAAGAACUGACAGAUAAUACCACGUGGUUGGCACUGGGGCAUUCACGACGCUGUCGGGAGGGGAGGUGGGACGUAAGGCCUGGGUCGCUGCAGGAUGGCGUACUCUACGUACCCACAACUAGGCUCCUAGGGCAGUGGAUGGGCAAGGCCACUUUCUUGGUUGCCGAGGCUUUUUUCCAGAACGUCUCCGGCUGGGGAGCCUCGAGCCAGUCGGUGUUAUCAUCGCCGAUUCUCGUUCCCAAUGGGCGGGUACCCAAAGGGCAUUCUCUCCGCGUCCUCCUCCUCGGAGUCUUGAGCGAUGACUGGAUAUCAUCAGAUACAGGACCUCGCAUAUCCUUGCCGGUGGUCAUCUCAGAACAAGUCAAGGCCGUAGGGUCGACGGGUGAGGAGAAGGACGCCAAAAAAUACGCCGGCGCACAAUCUAGGCCUUGUCAGCGGCAGUUUUCAUGCGGGACAUCGCAGGUUUGA